AUGAACUUCACACACCUAGCAUUUUACAAUCGAGAGGUAACCUUGGAGGAUGUUCUGAGGAAACCACAAAGAGUGCCAGAGAGAAGUCUAUAUAAGUUUGCUUUCGGAGCUGAGACCCGUCUUGAACAAGCCCUCGCAUUGAUUGAUAUGCUUGCACUGGUAGAGCUUAUUGAGGUCAUGAGGUUCGCUAGGAUGAGGAGAAAUAUUAUAUCAGUUGAGAGGGAUCACCACCAAGAAUUGGAAGGUUUGUUUGAAGAAAUGGCUGAACAUAUAGCCAUGGAUGAUGCAGAAGCUGCUGCUCUUGAUGAUGUUGCCGCUGGUGGUGCUCAAGAAUCAAAAGAGUUCAGGGUGACGCUUUAUGGGUUUCUGCUUGUAUCUGGUCAAUCAGUAGCCACUCUUUUAGGUGAGUUAUACUAUGAUAAAGGCGGGAAUAGCAAAUGGAUGGCGACAUUGGUACAAUCAGCUGGGUUUCCAGUCCUUUUUAUCCCUUUAAUUGUUGUCAAGGUAUACUUGCCACCUCCAACCAGUUCCACCACCACCCUAACCACCGAACACUCAGCAUCCAUAUCGACAUUAGCACUCCUUUACAUCUCGCUUGGAGUGCUAAUAGCAGGAAAUGGCAUGUUGUACUCCUAUGGGCUCUUAUAUCUUCCGGUGUCUACAUACUCUCUAUUGUGUUCAACUCAAUUAGUUUUUAAUGCAAUAUUCUCCUUCUUUAUCAACUCGCAGAAAUUCACUGCUUUCAUAUUCAAUUCUUUGAUUCUCCUCACCAUGUCAGUGGUGCUCCUAGCUAUUGAUCCCGACGGUUCUUCAAACUCAACAACAAUUCCUGAAGGUAAAUACGUUAUUGGAUUCAUAUGUACACUUAGUGCCUCGGCAGGUUACUCCUUGUUGCUUUCACUAACAGAACUCAGCUUUCGGAAAGUAAUAAAAAACGAAACCAUUCUUGCCGUACUAGAAAUGUCAAUAUCUACAUCGGUAGUCUCUACUUGUACUUGUUUAGUCGGAUUAUUUGCUAGUGGAGAUUGGAGGCGAUUGAAGAACGAGCUCAACGACUAUGGACAAGGUAGUGUUUCAUAUCUUAUGACUUUGGUGUGGAUUGCAGUAACUUGGCAAGUAUCUUCUGUUGGUCUACUUGGGUUAGUAUUUGAAGCAUCUUCACUUUUUUCCAAUGUCAUUAGCACAUUAGGCUUACCCAUUGUUCCCAUUUUUUCUGUUAUAUUUUUUCAUGACAAAUUGGAUGGAGUAAAGAUAGUGGCAAUGUUGUUAUCGCUUUGGGGUUUCGUUUCUUAUAUCUAUCAGCAUUAUCUUGAUGAUUGCAAGGCAAAAGAAACAAACACAGUUGACGAUCAAAAUGAAGAGAAAUGCUAA